CCGGUGAACGGUUGUCCUAUACUCGUUCCAAACAAAAAAUUUUUCCCUGACGUUCGAUUUUUGCGAGCUUUUUUUUUCCCCCCAUUCCUUCAAAUAAAUUUUGCAAAAAAAGAAUAAAAAUUAAGGAUUAAAUUUAAAUCGAUCGAAUGACAGUAUUGUUAAAAAUUCCAGGAUAUCACAAAAUUUUGGAUAAGAGUGAAGCUUAGUGCGAUAAAAACAGUGGAAUAAUCAAGUGAUUGUGUUUGUGUAUGUGAAGAAACAAAAUAUAAUAAAAAAAGAGUAUCUUAAAUCGACGAUUGAAGAUAUUGUAGAACCCUUUUUUUUCGGUUAAUUAGAAGCUUCUAUUAUCAAAUUUUUUUUCAAAUUUAGCGAAAUGAUAAUCUCCUAUAUGUCCGUAUAGGAAACCGGCAGCUUCAACCGGAGACUUCAACGCCUGUGUGUGGUCCUUCUUGCUGCUGGAACCCUGGAUCUCCUCUCGAUCGAGAGAGGGACCUUGGGCGUACGUAGUUGGUUAUUUCGUUCUCGAGGUUGAGAGAUCGAGGAUACACAAGGCGAACCAAGAAGUAGAAGAAGAAGAAGAAAAAGGACAAGAAAGAAGGGAAAUGGAGUGAAGCAAGACAGUUCAGCCUUUUGAGACACAUGCGAGAAUCUUUUAUUUUCUUCCGCAAAUAAUAGAACUAAAACAGAAUUAACUAUAUAUAAUCCAAAUUCUCAAUGAUGAUGUUCUCAAAUCAAACCACGUCGAUUUCAUCGGCGACAUGCCCUAAUUUCUUUUCAAACAAACGGUGACAGGAGUCUACAAACAAAAAAAAUUUAGAAAUUUGCGGAUGUUUCAGAAUUAUUCCAGUUUGUGUUACACGUGAACAUAUUCAAAGUGUUUUUAUUUUUCAAAAAUUCCCAUACCCUGGAUUAAUCAUCAUCGAUGCAAUUCACCGAACGGAAGACAUGAGUGUGACAGUGAGCAGUGCAAGUGCGACAAGUACAAAUAGUGUAAAUCCAAGUGUAAACGACAUGGACUGGUUUGCCGGUGUUGCUGAGGAGGAGUUGUUGUAUUAUACAGGGAAUAGUAAUGACGUAGAUUCAUUAUGGGCUGUGAUAGGAAGUUUUGUACCACCUCCACCCAGACCGCCUUAUCUACCAGAGGAGGGUAUCGCAACAGAUGGACUAACAACAUGUGACCUUUGCUCCUGGGCAUUAAGAAACGAUAGGCAUUCCUUUUCUCUAGACGGUACACUAGAGGCACCUGGCGAACUUGGAUGGGUCCUGACCUUGGUGAUUGUAUCUCUAGUGUCAGCGGGUAUCGGCGCUGUCGUCAUGGUCACGCUUCUUCACUGUCGAAGGCUGAAAAGUGCCGGCAGCAGAGCAAGUUGCUGUGGCAUUGGUGUUGAAGAUGCAACGAACCAGGAAUCCGGGAAUCCAGGUGGCGGAGGCGCAGGUGGUGGUGGCGUUUCCGUGAUACCUGAUAGACCGCCACUUGAGCUAGAUAAAUUACCACCUUAUCAUGAUGUCGCGCCAAGCCCUGGACAUAAUGUAUGGUCAUGGUUAGGAUCGAGACGCGGUGGUGGUGCACCAGGAGUUGUAGCGGCGCCUCUUUCCCUUCCACAACAUCGAAGAGCAAUUAAUCUACCUGUUGAAAAUCAUUACACCCAUAUGCAAACGGAUGAAGCACUCUAUGCCGAACUCGAUUCACAAGCUGCAAGUUAUGCCAGCGAUCUACAAUUACGAAGUUCGACAUACGGUACAACUUCCGGUGGUCAAGAUGAUGAAUAUCAUGAAUUGGAUGCUGCAAGAUUACAUCGGCAUUAUGGAGCCGGAAAUAAUGACAGUACUUUACCUAGAGAUGGCCUUCGCACCCGACACAGUCAAAGGAUACGAGAGCCAGAUUACGAGAUGUAUGAAAAUGGACCAAGUUCACCAACAUCUACUAAUCAUCAUCAUCACCAUCAUCAUCAUCAUCUACAUCAUCAUUCGCCAAUGCGAAUUGAUGGUGUACCUGGUGAACAUCCGUCCUAUCAAAAUACAGCCUACACGGGAAGUGAUGCUGAACCCGAUGGACCAACGUUAAGUAGUGCACCGAGUAGUGCAUAUUACAGUGAUCUUAGUUCCAAUUCAGCAAAUCAACAAAUAGUACCGCCAAUUACAACGACAACGACGACGACAACAACAACAACAACUCUUACCCUCAAUCCACAGACAUUAGAAACUCCACAUUUCAGGUUAGCUGCAAUUAACGAGACCACAGUGCCAUCGGACUAUAUAUAAAAUUCGCGAAAAAAAUCUUAUCAAAACAAAUAAUCACUUCCUUCUUUCUAUCCAAGAGAAAGAAAGGAAAGCCAGAAAUAGUCAACGAUUUUCACUUUGAAUUAUAUAUAUAUAUAUAUAAAUGUCGUCAAUAUAAAAGACGCUAGUUGGACUCCUGAUCAAAGAUCAGGUUACUAUCGAACGCCACACAUAGAGAUCAAGGAACUAAGUCACGGACUCGAACACGGCUUCCAAAGAUCAUCAACCUGUUCGUAUUUUUCUAUAUUUUAUAAUCAAUAAUUAAAAAAAAAAAAUAUAUAGACAAUUGUAAAUAGGAAAUUCUAAAUUUCAAAAUAAUUUGUAAAAAGAAAAAGGAGAUUUAUAUUCUCUAUAAGAGUGAAAAAUUAAUUUAAAUUAUUCGUUGUUAGUGCGUGUGAAUGUGAGUGUGUAACUAUCGUAUGUGUUUUAGUAGCUUUUACCAGACUGUUGGUAACUUUUUUUUUAAUUUAUAACAAAAAAGAAUUUUUAAGGAUGAGAAGAAAUCAAAUAUAUUUUUUGCCAAUAAAAAAGAAAUUAAUUUUUCCAAGUUAUAAAUUGAUAUAAAUCACUUGAACGUUUCAAUUAUUUUCAAAAUAAUAUUUGACCCAAGGGAAAAAACAAAUUCCACUAAAAAAAAAAAAAAAAAAAACUAAAUAAUUUUUUUAAUCUUUAAAUAAAAUACCUUUUUUUAACGCUAGGAAUGCAGAAACAUUUUCAAGCGUAUAAAAUAACUGGUUAAAAAAAUGAGGGGGGGGGACCCCAUUAAAGAUUUAAACUUGAUAAUGGGAAUGAUUUCUCAACAACUGUGAUCGAAGCAAACUAAUAUGCACGUCUUGCAAGUUAAGACAUGCAACCAAUUUUCUUCAGACUUGUAAAAGAAUCAACACCUUUAUAUAUACACGACACAGCAGCUUCUCCUCAUUUUAUGCUCUAAAUAUAGUGACUGAAACCUGCUCAUUAUGAAAACAACUUUGCAAAAGAUGAGGGAAAAAAAAGAGAAGAAUAAAAAACAAGUGCGAAUCGAGAACCUGCCCUUAAUAAUAGAUAUAUACGUAAUUCGCGCCAUAUGAUCACUGAUCUAACUUGUAUUGCAAUAAUAAUAAUAAUAAUAAUAAUACUCAAUCUUAUCGUGUAUAUAUACAUAUAUUCUUAUAUAUAAACGCCUCCGCGAAUAAUACAAAACAAUCGAGUUGCUAUACUUUUGUGUAAUAUCUCUCCAAUCUCAUCUAAAGAUAAUCUCUGGGACACGCAAUCGAGCAGUCAAUAUAAUAUAUCUUUAUAUACCUACUCGAUACAAAAUUUAUAAACUCAAAUUCAACAACUAAAGACAUUCAAUUAGAAAUAAUUAUGAUGGGAUAAACUUAUUUCUUCAUUUUACUAAAUGUCCGCAGCUUAAACGCAUCUCUGACAAAUUUUGCUCUGGAAACAGAAUAAAUUAAAUAGUAAAGCUUACUCUGGAAAUAGUAUUUUUUUUCUAUUUCGAGAGUAAAAAUGCCAGACAGUUUACGAAUUACUUUUACUCCGGAAAUAAAAAAAAAUUACUCCUAAAAUAGUAAACUUUACUCCGGGAAUAGCAUUUUUUACUAUUCCUAAAGUAAAAAUUACCAGAACUUCGCAGAAAUUCCUAACCAGUUUAUAAUUUACUUUGUCAGUACUAAAAGUCUAUUUUUGUUUCCCAUUUCUCUCUCUCUGUAAUUAAUAUAUCCUUUUAUCCAAAUCAUCCUAAGGGGAGGAUACUUCAUUAGAAAAACGAAAUUUUACAUGUAAUUGAAAAUUCUCAGUAUACUUAUUCCACUAAGUACAAAUAAAAAGUAAAAAAAAAAGAAAAGAAAAAAAAAGGCGAGCGCAAAAUGUGCGAAUGAAGUUAUUUCGUGGAACAGGUGUCUUGUAUAAUUUGAUGUUACAACUCUGUACGCGCAACGUUGCCGUGAAUCUUACUUCCGUUCUAUGCGCGGCCACUUUACACACAAACAUACAUUCGUCAGUCGUAAAAUGCACCCCUCUGACACGCACGCGAAUCUCAUUUUCAGUAACACGCAACAUACAUAUCCUCAAAGAAAUUAGUAUUCGCGUCGAGAUCUAAAUUAACUUCAUCACUGUUAUAUGGAGAAAAAAAAAGAAUUUUUUUUAAACUACGUAUUACAAAAAUGAAAAACCAGUGAUUGAGAGAGAGAAAGAGAGAGAGAAAGAAUCGUUUAACACGAUCUUUUAUAUUAUACAAUUUUUCAAGAGAUAAAAAUAACAUAAAUAUACAAAACAGUAACAUUUCAUGCAAAAAAAUCUUUACCUGGAACAGCGAUAAUUCUCUAGAACAACGAUAUAUUUCUCUAUAUGAAUAGCGAAAACUUAUGUUUUAGUGAAACAUAUCGUUGAUCUAAGUGAAGAUAUUUUUUUUUUUUGCAUGUUUUAUUAAAAUUCAGAAAAAGAAGCAAAAAUUCCUAUAAAAGAGAUAAUGAAAAAAAUGUGUAUUCGAUAAAAUUGAUGAAUUAAUUAUGCUCGAGAGGACGCGGGUGGUAUAUAAAGUCAGUUGGUAAAUGUUUCGAGGUUCAAUUUAUCACGUAAUUGGUAUCCUUUUCGCGCGAACACUGACGUAGGUAUUAAGAGGGGAUGGGAAGAGGGGAAUAAAAGAACGCGGCAACGACGAUUCGUAAAACGAAAUUAAUUCGACCGCCUGGAAUUAAUUUGAUCUGGCGAGAUCGUUUACUCGACUCAUGUUAAGCGUUCUCUUAAUUACCGCCGCUUCGAAUUGUCGCGCGCGACGACUACGACGACGACAAGACAGAGGAAAGACGUUUUCGUGCUCAUUCUUUUUUCCGCGCGCAAUCUCAUUCUCACCAAUCGUCGUCUUUUAUAUAUCCUUUUACCUGUGGACAAACACACAUAUAUAUAUAUAUAUGCAUGCGUGUUUCACGCAAUUUAUACUGAAUUGCAAAGAGAGAGAAUCUGACGGCAAAAUACCCAGUUACAAGUACCUGCAACUACCAAACGUUAUACUCUAUAUCACACUGCAACUUCUGCACAACGACGACCAACACAUACACACACAUACCAGGGAACUUAAUUUAUUAAGAGUGUGCAUUAACCAAAAUGCCCUAAAGGAAUACUCACUCAACGGAGAGAGAAAAGGUCGACAGAAAGUAUACGCGAAUUGCAAGAGAAAAAGAAAUUCUUACUUUCAGGAGUGUGUAAUUUGGUUGAAAAAAUAUUUGUCUCUUUUAGUCUCGAUUACAGUAAAAUUUAUUAAUUUAAGACGAAAAUAAGUCUUAUAAGAAGAAAAAUAAUAAACACAAAAUGACAAUAUUUAAAAAAAAAAAGUAAUAUAAAUUUCGAAAAGUAACUAGAUUUUCUAAAGUACUAGAUAACUAGAAGAAACUUAGGGCGGAAUAUCUGUAUAUAUAUAUAACUUAUAUACGUAUAAUACAUAUAUAUAUAUAUAGAAAUGAGAAUGCACACAACAAUGCGCGCAUACUCCCUCGCGGGCACGCAAUAAUUAAUUGUGCCCCUGCGACCACAAUGGCGGGAGGGACCUACUCUCUUUUCUUACUACCGCGAAGGUGCAUUAUUUUACCGAAAAAAAUCCCACGAAGUGCGCAACACAUAUUACUAUAUAUAUAUAUAUAGCACACACAUCGACACUCUUAUAAUAUAUAUUAUUGCCGCGAGAGAGAAGAAGAGGUGUACGCGGGGUGUACGCGGAUAAAGCAUUUUUGCCGGAUGAACAAACGGGAAUAACGCGUGUCUUGUUCUUGUUUAAUGUGAAUUUCAUUGGAACUCCCGCACUUAAUUAAAGUCUCGUUUAUAUAUACUGCGAUACAAUGAACUGGCAUUCCUUGGACCAAACUCUCAUAUCACCAAAAAUUCACCUUACAACGCGCUUCAUUUAUAUUUAUUUCUUUUUUCUCAUUAAAAAAAAAAAAUCUCCGCAUUUUUUUAAAGUAAAAUAAAACGAUUUUUGUUUUGUUUGAACGUUAUUGGACAAUUGAAUUUUUUAAACUCAUUAUAUUAUAUACUAUGGGAGGGAAUGACCUUUUCAUUAUUGGAGCUCUUUUGUAUAUCAAUAUAUAAUCCGUUAUAUGCGUUAAACUAUGAUAAUCAUAAGGAAUUGAGUUCAUAUUGAUUGAAUAAUAUAUAUAAUUGGGGAGAAAGAUCAAUUUGAAUAAAGGAGAAAUCGAAAUUAUUGAAAGGUUUCUCAAUAGAAAGGACAUUAUUAGUUUUGUAAUAAUUUCUGUUUCUAUAUAACAAUCCACCUCGUUCUGUCAUUUAGGGAAGUAUAUAUAUCGUUAGAUCAACUAUAUGAUUUUUUCUUUAAGAAAAAUUAUUUCUAAAAACCAAUUUCUUUAUGUUCAAAAACACAAAACUUCAAAACCUAACCUCAGAGGAUCAAAAGUGGAACUUUUGUGUCGUUGCAAAAUCUUUUUAUAUAUUUUAAUGGUGAUGAUGUUUUAAAAUACAUCAUAUCUUUAAAAGUUUUAAUGGUGGUACUUUUUCAAAAGUAUUACCUUCUUAUAAAUAAAAUAAGUCUUGCAAAUAAUGUGCAAUCCUACCUUUUCUGCUUUCUAACUGCUCCCGGAUCGAUGGUCUCUGCGAUUUGAACUGCGAUUUGAACUGCACCCAUGGGAAUUAGCAUCUUCUUGAUCAUUCACUCCUCCUGAUAGGUGGCACUUGUUGAUUCCUCACUACACUUUUCUUCACUAUUUUUUUGUUCACUACACUUUUCUUCACUAUUUUUUUGUUCACUACACUUUUCUUCACUACCUUUUUGUUCAUUGCAGUUUUAUUUACUACAGUUUUCUUCACUACAUUUUUGUUCAUUACACUUUUCUUCACUAUUUUUUUGUACAUUGCAGUUCGGUUUACUACAGUUUUUCUUCACUACAUUUUUUGUUCAAUACAUUUUUGUUUACUACAGUUUUCUUCACUACAUUUUUUGUUCAAUACAUUUUUGUUUAAUACAGUUUUCUUCAUCACUUUAGUUCAUCAAUUUACAUCACUAAUGUUUGCAUCAUUUCCCUUUACUUAAUUGUUCAUACUUUUUACUUUGUUCAAAAUUUUCAAAAUACCGUGAUUUUAUUUGUCCUUUUCACUUCCCUCUUAUGCUUCUUGUUCUUUCUACUAGAUACUUUUCACAUUUGCAACCCACUUUUUUUUUCAUCUGUCUACUUUGCACUCACUUUUUUUUCUUCUUUCACACAUCACUUUUUAAUUCUUCCCCAAGUCUCAUUUUUUCCAUUUCUUCAAUUUUAAAAUCAAGUUUUCCUCUUUGAUCAUAUCAUACAAGCUUCGAUUUUACAUAUGCAAAAAUACACAUAUCUGAAACAAAAAAUUGAUUGGCAAACAUGAGUUUCGAGAUUGAAAUCAAGAUUAUCAUCAUCAUAAUCAUUAUAUAAAACGGAUCAUCAAAAUUCUAGGAAUUUAUAAAAAGUGCAUAAAAACAGUAUCAACUUAUAGAUAGAGAGCAUUUAUAAUAAUCUGGAUUCAGGAAUUAACGCCUAGGGCUAAUAUAUAUAUAUAUAUAUAGUAUAUAUAUAUAUAUAUAUAUAUUAGACGCACUUUUUUCCCCUCUUUCUUCUCCUCUGGACGAUGAAACAUUUACAAAAGAAUUUGCCAUCAGCGGCGCGAGAAAUCGCUAAAGUUCAGACGCGAUCUUUUUGAUCGUGGGAAUCUCAACGCAGUAUUCGAACUUGCGCGAAUAUAUAUAUAUAUAUAUAUAUAUAUAGAUUCGAGGUUUCGUGGUGAACCGUUCGACGGCUCUUUAUAAUGGGGGGCCCACCGCGAGAAGAUGGUGCACGCGGAGGGUGGAAACUUAUUUAUAUAUAUAUACGUAUAUAGUGGACCAAGAUCGCCUUGUACCUAUACGUGGCGGGUUAUAUAAAUUAUACAUGUAAAUAUACGAGCGGCCAGAGCACAAGAGAUCGAACUGCGAGAUAUCAAGAUAUGUGUUGGCGACCCACCCCUCCGCGUCUUUGCAAUCUCAUCUCACCAAGAUUCUCUUUGGUAUAUAACACAGUAUAUAUAUAUAUAUAUACCGUAAAAUGCAUAUCCUAUUUUUCUUUCUCAUUCUUAAAUCGUUAUAAUCGUUGCAUUCCGUCAACUCCCUUUAUACAACUACUUUCGCAUAGUUCUCGAAUUCUCUGGAUUUAAGGUGAAAUUCGGCGCCCUUUUUUUCCAAAUACUAAAGAUUCGUUGGAGGCUUAUAAAUAUAUACACUUGCCGCGAGACACGAGAUAAAAAAAAAAGAAAAAAGAACGAAAAAUAAAACAAAGACCUUUGAGAAUAUUUCUCAGAAAGAAAAAGUAGCGCCUCCAAAUAUUUGGACACCUCGAAAACAUGCUUGACAUUUUCAAGGGUCUUUUAAAAACCAGCCAAGAAAUUUUAAAGAGAUUGGAAUACCUUUCUUUAAGCCACCUAGAAUCCUAUUUUCGCGUAUAAAUUAACAUUUAAAUAUAAAACCUAUAUUUUUAAUUAGAUUCAUGAAAUUUUUGUUAUAAAAAUUUUCCCAAGGGUCAUACUGAAAAUAAAUAUAAUUGAAAAAUAAAAUAAUAUAAUUUUUCAAGUGAUUUAUCUCAAAAUCACACGUUUUUAUAAAACUCUAUCUCUACCUCCGAAAAUAAAAAAAGUGUGAUAAAUCUACAAUGAAAAAAAAAUUUAUUUGACUAUUAUCAAAUAAACAUUUAUUUGAAUCAAAUAAAUUUUUUCCUCAGUGUAAAAAUCUAAUUUUCUCUAAAAUAUAUAUUUACAUCAUUUUUCGAAAGCAUUCCAUGAAAAAAUAUUCAAUGAAAAUGAAUUAGUGUUUUAAAAUUAAAGCGGAGUCUGUAUUUAUUACACGGACGGAGAAUUUUGAUCGUGACAACGUCUUUUUUAAUUAAUAUAUAUUUUAUAAAAUUUUUUUUUCUAGUAUAUAUUUUGUACUUAAAAACAUUAAAAAAAAUUUAUUUGAUUCAAAUACUUGAUUACUAUUAUCAAAUAAAUAUUUACUUGAACCAAAUACAACUAAAUUUUUUUUUUUGUAAUAAAAUUUUUCCAAUAAAUUCAAAAAUAUUUACCUUAAUAACAAAUUUUCAGCUUCGAGGAGUUUCUUUCAAACUAAAUAACCCUCGGAGAUCCCUACUUUCAAGUUAAAUUUCCAUUCAGAAAAUGUGAAAAAUAACCGUCAAAAUAGACCGAGUUCUAAAAAGUCUGUGUGAAUUCUGAUGUCUUUCAAAAUAAGCCAUCCAGGAUAGAAUCUGUAACAAAAAAUUAAAAUACUGUCAGCGCUGUACUAACAUAUAGUUUAAAAAAAUUAAAAUUCGAAGUAAGAUGUUGUCACGUUCAAAAAUAUAAAUUUAUAUGAAAAAAUAUUGAUAAAAAUCAAACUGAGCUUAAUAUAUACCUAUAUAAAUAAAUCUAUAAAAUUCCAAAAAAAUCUCAUGUGAUAGAAAUUAAUUUUUAAAAAAUUAAACUUCAUUACGGGAAGUUGCGUAUUAUAAUUAUAAGAAUAAAAUAUAAAAAUUGUUUAAGAUAUAUAUUAAGUCCAGUUCUGAUGUAUAUAAUAAAUUAAAUAAAAAGCGCGCAGAUGUUCAAGAUGAAAAAAAAUAUAUAUACACUAAUUUCUGACUAAUUUAUAACACAGUGCAAUCUGAUCUUAUAAAUCUUUUGGAAUAAAAUGCGGAAAAAUGUUUUUGGUGCGCCAAUUUUAUAUAUAUAUAUAUAUAUAUAUAUUAUACAAGAGCCUUUGGUACAAAAGUACCUGUAACCCAUGAGGGAUUGAAACUACAUUUUUUUUUCUCUCUUUCUUUCUUUCACUCUUUUUCCAUAUGCCUUAGGUAAAGUCGCCACCUGGCGCUUGGCACAAAUUAUCUUAACUCGUCCUUAAGUAUAUCUUAUUCAUCUGUUCUGCAGACUGUACAAAACGCACAUUUUAAAAAAAAUGUAAAAAAAAAAUUGAGUGAUUUAUUUUAUUUUUAUUUUUUUUUCGUGGUGUAUAUAGCACAGAUUUUUAUAUAUAUUAUUAUUUUAUAUAUUUGUAUAUGUAUGUAUUUGUAUUAUUGCGAUGCGAAAGAAUAUUAUAUAAAGGAAGUAUGAAAAUUAAAAUUGUGCGCAAAAAAAAAAAAUUAUUGUCACUGCAUUUAAUGCAAAAAAAAAGACUAGCACUUUUUUAUAUUGUAAAUAAUAAUAAUAAAAUAAAAAAAAAUACAUCAAUAA